AAAAACAAUAAUACGGUAUCAUUUCUGGCUUAGCUAGUUUCUCAUUCUCAUUCUCUUCACAAUGGCUCUCACUUGUCAUUCUCCUCAACUAUCCAUCUCUCCAUUCUCUCGCUCAACCCAAUUCAACAGUCGUUGUUACACAUUCAUCACACACACUUCCCCAACCGUUACUUCCCGCCGAAUUAUCCCCAUUCCCAACAACAACAACAACAACAACAACAACAACAAAACCCUCUUCACUCUUUCUCUCACUAAACCAACUCCAUCUUUCUCUGUAACGGCUUCUUCUAACAACACACAACCAAUGCUUCCCCCUUACAACGUUUUGAUUACCGGCUCAACCAAAGGGAUAGGGUUUGCUUUAGCAAAGGAGUUUCUAAAAGCAGGGGACAAUGUCUUGGUUUGCUCAAGAUCAGAUAAAAGGGUAGAGACUGCAGUCAAGUGCUUGAGAGAAGAAUUUGGAGAGCAGCAUGUGUGGGGCACUACAUGUGAUGUCAAAAAUGGAGAGGAUGUGAAGAAAUUAGUUUCGUUUGCUAAAGAAAAUCUGAAAUACAUUGACAUAUGGAUCAAUAAUGCUGGAUCAAAUGCAUAUAGCUACAAGCCACUUGCUGAAGCAUCAGAUGAGGAUCUUAUUGAGGUGGUUACAACAAACACACUUGGCUUGAUGAUAUGCUGUCGAGAGGCAAUAAAGUUGAUGGUGGACCAACCUCGCGGAGGACAUGUUUUCAACAUUGACGGAGCAGGUUCAGAUGGAAGACCAACUCCCAGGUUUGCUGCAUAUGGAGCAACAAAGAGAAGCGUGGUUCAUUUAACAAAGUCAUUACAGGCCGAAUUGCAGAUGCAAGAUGUGAAAAACGUCAUGGUUCACAAUCUUUCGCCAGGAAUGGUUACAACUGAUCUUCUCAUGUCUGGUGCCAAUACAAAACAGGCAAAGUUUUUCAUUAAUGUCUUGGCUGAACCAGCCGAAGUGGUUGCAGAAUACUUAGUUCCAAAUAUUAGAUCUAUCCCUACCAACAGAUCAAUGAAGCCGACAUACAUCCGGUUCCUCACGGGUUUGAAAGCCUAUUCACAGAUAUUUUCAAGAUUUGCAUUUGGGGCAAGGAGGAACCGGUACAUUAUCGAAGAUUGAACAGCAUAUACAUAGAUGCCAUGUUCGAUUCUUGUCGGCCCCUUUAUUUUAUGAUUUUCUCUUUUCUUUUUCUCCUUUCUGUAAAUCUGAAAUCAACAUAUAUAUGCUAUUGCUAUUAUUAUUAGAGAAAAAAAGAAUAUACACUUAGAGGGUAAAAUAUUUUUAUUAAUAAGUGAUUUUCAUUA